UUUUUAUAAAUGUUCAAUAAAUUUAAAUUAAAAAAUAUGAUUAAUAUUAAAUCAAAUAAUAAUAAUAAUGCCAUGUUGGCAACAUUAAAAUUAUUAAAUAAAAAUUAUAAUUUAUUUACAAUUAUAACAUUAAUAUUAUGUUAUAAUAUUAAUUUAAUAAAUGCUCAAAGAACACCUACAAUAUCAUAUAUAACACAAGAACAAAUAAAAGAUAUUGGCGGUACUGUUGAAUUUGAAUGCUCUGUACAAUAUGCUAAAGAAUAUUCUGUUGUAUGGACGAAAUUAGGUACUGAUCCAGUAUUUUUAACAACUGGUAGUACAUUGGUUAUUAAAGAUUCAAGAUUUGCAUCACGUUAUGAUCCAAAUUCAUCAACAUAUAAAUUACAAAUAAAAGAUAUACAAGAAACUGAUGCUGGUAUAUAUCAAUGUCAAGUUGUUAUAUCAAUUGUUAGUAAAGUAUCAGCUGAUGUUAAAUUAUCUGUUAGACGUCCACCUGUUAUAUCAGAUAAUUCAACACAAUCAUUAGUUGUAUCUGAAGGUAAUUCUGUACAAAUGGAAUGUUAUGCUGGUGGUUAUCCAACACCAACAAUUACAUGGCGUCGGGAAAAUAACGCCAUUUUACCAACAGACAGUGCAACUUAUGUUGGAAACAUAUUAAAAAUUAAUUCUGUUAAAAAAGAGGAUCGUGGUACAUAUUAUUGUGUUGCUGAUAAUGGUGUUAGUAAAGGUGACAAACGUAAUAUUAAUUUAGAAGUUGAAUUUGCACCAGUUAUAACAAUACCAAGACCAAGAGUUGGACAAGCAUUACAAUAUGAUAUGGAUUUAGAAUGUCAUAUUGAAGCGUAUCCGCCACCAGCUGUUGUAUGGCUUAAAGAUGAUGUUCAAAUAUCAAAUAAUCAACAUUAUGCAGUAUCAUUAUAUGCAACAGCAGAUGAAUUUGUUGAUUCAACAUUAAGAGUAAUUACAAUUGAAAAAAGACAAUAUGGAGACUAUAUAUGCAAAGCAGUUAAUAAAUUAGGUCAAGCUGAAGCAAAAGUACAUUUAUUCGAAACAAUUAUACCAAUAUGUCCGCCGGCUUGCGGACAAACAACACAAUCUGGUGCCGAAAGAAUUGCAACAUCGACAAUUGCUCUUGUAGGAUUUAUUUUAGCGUUAUUAUUUAGAUGAAUUUAUUUUAGGUUUUCUUUUUCCAUUUCAAUUUAAUAUACAUACAUAAUAAUUAUUAUACAUAAAUAAGAAUAUAAAAUAAUAAUUAAGAAAAGAAAAAAUUAAAAUUAAAAAAGUAUAAAAAAAAAAAAACAAAAUCGAAAAAUAUAUUAAAAAUAUUUUGUACAGAUUUCAACAAAAAAAAAUAUUUCAAUUAUUAUAAAUGAAAAACAAAAAUAUUAUUAUUAUCGCCAAAAGAUAAUAAAAAUUCAUUUUCAAAAAAAUAAACAAAUAAUAAAAUAAUUAAAAUUUAAUAUUCAUUUAGAAUUAAAACAAAAAGAGAAUAUUGUAAAUC